AUGAGGGUACCCCUGGUUCACGGGGUAUCGGUCGCAUGUUGGAGGAGAGGACGUAGACCCAGGAGAGCAAGAAGGUCAGGAGUCGCGUUUGGCGGUGUCGAGAUGAGUUCUGUGUCUGCUCAGUUCACGACGGUGUCGAUUCUGAAUAACCAUGAGUUCAGUUGGGUUUUCAUUGUCGACUGGAUCCUGGCGCUCGUGCUGACCAUAUUUAUGAUCUUCUACUUCAACCGGGCUGUGGGUUGGCUGGUAUCUUUUCUGGCCCGUUGGUAUUUAUGGCGGGCUCAUCAUGCUCAGCUCGAGGUCCAGUCGCUUCAGGUAUCAUUGCUUGGUGGCAGGAUUUUUUUCAAAAAUCUGUCGUAUGUCGGCACGAAUGAGGCCAUAUGUGUAUUAGAGGGCAGCUUCACUUGGCGGUAUUGGCUGUUUUAUACUCGCGAGUCGUUGAUCUCGGGCUUUUUAAAGGACAGUCAUAAGGGGGGUUCCGAUUGCGAGCCUCAGGACUUUCUUGGUGCAACGAGUGACGACGGUGCGGGGUCUGGAGUAUCCGGAACAACCGCAACAGGUGCUUCGUCACCCCCAAAUCCAAGUCCUGCUCGGUCUUCGAAAAAUAGAAAGUAUCCAGCAAGACUGGUAUUUGACGUCACAGGUGUGGAAUGGUUUGUUUUUAACCGUACUCCUGCUUAUGAUGCUCUGCUUGAUCUGGCUAAGAAAGGCUCGGCUGUGAACUCGGACCAGCAAGAACAGGAGAAACAAAAUCAGGGUGAUUUGGAUACGAAUCACAAACAAAAUUUACAAAAUUUACAGAAAGAAUGCAGUGGUGCUGAAAAUACGUCGGGAACAACGGGGCCUGAUAGUCUUGGAACUGUGAGAUCGUCUUCUUCAGCCAGUACGUCGUCGUCUUCGUCAGACCAGUCUAAUUUGACUUCGUACGAUAAUAUGAUGUUGCGGAUGCUACCGCUUGAAAUCCGCUGUCAUAAUAAAGGUGCCAUGGUUAUCGGUAAUAAAGAUACUUCGUCUCUGCUGAUUUUCCAUUUUGAGUCUGGGGUAUGCUCGGUUGAUGCUGCCCCGCCAACCUCAGAUCUCGAUAAGUUCAAAGUCAUCUAUAAAAUCAAUACUGUCAAGCCCAUUCUUGAAAUGCGACCUAAUGUUGAUUAUAAGGGCCCUGAUACAGUUGGAUUUCCGUCGGUGUCUCCUCUUUCGAUUUUGAAGUCGAUGAGCUGGCAGUCGGUUCUGGCCCAUUUGAGCCGUUUACGACGGUCGGCGAGGAAAAAGAGCAAAAAAUAUAAGAAAAAAUCAAAAGCUUCUGCUAAUAAGAUUAGGGGUAAGAGCAAAAACAGGACUAACCCAAGAGUCGGUCGAACUACGAGCCGCAAGACCUCGUUUGCCGAUGGGUUUGGCAGGUUUAUGACCCACCGAGCAUCGACUAUAUAUCAGACAUCAUCAUCCUCAUCUUCCUCAGAACAAGACGAAGAGGAUGAUUAUUAUUAUGAUGAAAACUAUCAUCCGGACGAGAAUGACGAUAACGACAAUGACAAAGAAAAGCCUUGGAGAGGUUUAGCAAGGUAUAAUAUUUAUUACGGAAAUGAUAACCGAGAUGUUUCGGACGACAUCCCACUCGACCAGCUGGUUGAUGAGUAUGCCAAGUAUUCAGUUAUACUGGAUGCUGCCGAGGGCACGAUUGCGUACCACUACGAUAUUCCCGGCAAAGUUCCAGAUGGAAUAGUGCCUUCUACAGAUGAUCCCCUGGGAAAUGGUAGGCUGGAAAACUCGCCUGGCCGAGAUCCUGAAUGGGGUGUGGAUAUGAGCUUUACCUCGUGUACAAUUCAUUACGGACCAUGGGCCGAUCGACAGCGAGUGUUUAUUCAGAACAUGCUGUUCCCAAGGUCGUUCACCAAUAGUACUCCUGAGCCAGUGCGGAUGAAAGGACAGGAUAGACUGGGCAUGGAAUUUAAAUUAUUUAUUGAGUUCAAGGAGGAUGUGAUUAUUCGAAUCCCCACUCGUGAAGCUAGCAAAAAUCAAAAGUUUUAUGCUAGUUAUAAGGAAAACCCCACUGCAAACUCGCUACGUGCUUUUGGCUGGUUAGAACUAAAAGCCCGUCACUUAUCCACCAUGUCCUACACAGGUGCUUUAGUAGCCAAUAAACAAGGCUGGAAUAAUAACUUUCGAAUGGAUUUGAAGGCGCCUGAAUUACGGACAAGUGUUAACCACGGCUUGGUAUUCUCGGCUGACCGCCAUACUAUUCAAAGUACUAUGAAAUCGCCUUUACAAUGGAAUGGGAUACAGGAAUGGGACUUUCGUUUCAACUCAGAAAAAGUAGAGACUUUUUUCCUUCGCGAACAUGUUUCAUUACUUACCGACUUGAUCACUGAUUUCGCAUCGGGACCACCUGUGACAUACAAUCAGUUUGUCCCCUUUCGCUAUACCAUUCAGUGGCAUAUCUCGGAUUAUGGCAUUUACCUCAACGUCAAUGAUAAGAACAUUAUCAACAAUCCUUCUGAUUUUGACGACAACACAUUUGUAUCGUUUCAAGGCCAAUCUGUAGAUAUCGACAUUCUCAUACCUAUGGAACAGGUAUCAUCCAUCAAGAAUCGAGUAGAUUUCAAAAUAGCUGUAAGUGAUAAUUCAGUUUCAAAAGGUUGA